UUUUACCAAGACAUUUGAUUUACCAAAACAAAGAAUUUUCGUUGUUCAGUUCUCUAAAAUUUUAUAGUCUAUAUGUAUUCUACAAUGCGUCGUGAAAGAAAAAGAAAUUUGGUAACACAACAUUUAUUGUAUCAAGCGUUCUACGUGGUAUUUUACGCUGGUUACAUGCCUACCCUUCUCUAUCUACCAGUUUAUCUUAAAUACUUGGGGUUGUCAACUGCACAAGUUGGUUUGCUGACUGGUUUGCGACCACUGCUACAAUCAAUCGGGACUCCAAUCGUAACAAAAUUGAGCGCAAAGUUUUACGCCCAGAAAUUAUUAUUUAUAGCCUCGUGUAUUUUAAUGGUUGGGAAAUAUUUUGUGAUAUUUUUUGUUUUACUACCAAAGGAACAGUUGUGUAGAACAAUAUACAACAAUGAUAAUUAUAAGGAUAAAUAUUUCGAAGUCGAACUGGUCAAACAUGUUAUAGUCACGGGCGAUUGGCUGCAAGUUACAAACUAUACAUCUGCUGCCAAUAAAUCAUUUGAAUACCAUGACACGAUUACAAAUUUGGAGAAAAAUCUAACAAACAACAAAGAGAGUUGGCCAACAGUAACCUCAGCAACAGAAUCAAAAUCUUCUCUUCUCUUCAAUAAAACCCAACCGCAUUAUCCUCUGAAAAAUCAUACAACCAAAAUACAACAUGAAAUCAAAUUUGAAUCACGAAAAGUAUAUUUUGUUUUCAUCACUAUUUUAAUCCUAACACUGGCUACGGACUUUUUUGACGCUUCCAUAUUUACUUUAGUGGAUAAUAUCUACAGACCAAAUGUCGCUUGGGUCUGGGUACAUUUGGCUUGGGGUGUAGUAACUCUCAUCAUUGGUGUUAUUAUAGAUCAAUCUUUUCUUGAAUUGUGCGGUAUAACGGUACGAUCGUUUCAUUAUGUUUUUUAUUUCAAUGCUACAUUUGUAACUCUCGCGCUGAUGAUUGGCUUAUGGCUUGACCUCACGGUGAUUCCUUAUGACGCCAAGUUAAACAGCAAGGUUCAGUCAAGUCAAUGGAACUUUCAAUAUCAUAUUUUCCUCCUUGCCUACACAAUUCUGGGUUUCUGCAAUGGUUUUCUUUUCUCCUUCGUUUAUUGGUUCAUUGAUACCCUUGGAGGUGAUGCCAAGAUUAUGGGGUUAGCAACAGUUACAGAAUGUCUCGUAGUCAGUGUGGGAUCUUUUAUAUUCAAUCAUAUUAUAGAGUACAUUGGUCAUAUGUCUUCUGUAUGUGUUGGCUUUUUUGGCUACAUAGUGUUGUUUCUUAGUUAUUAUGCUGUUACCAACCCAUGGAUUGUAAUUGCUGUCAAAGUACCCCAAGCUCUAAUUUUUGGAGUCAUCCAGUUUUCAUGCAAUUCAUUUUUGAAAAUUUCUGCACCAGCAGGUUCAAGCUACCAAAUGCAAGAAAUCCUCCACGGUAUUUUCUCGGCAAUCGGAACCGCUAUUGGUGCUGUCUGUGGUGGACAUAUACUUGAAAAUGAUCAUUUCAAGGCUACAUUCCUCUGGUUCACUUUGAUAAUGUGUGCUACUUCGUUAUUAUUCAUGGGAAUUCAGUUGUUCAUGAUCUGUGCAGAAGGAAAAUCUGUAAGUAAUCUAGGGUCAGCGAAGACAAGUUCCCGGGAAGGUAGCGAGUUUGGAGAUGAUGAACUUGACCUCGAAAGUGGAGACGACGACAUGAAAUGUGCAAAAUGUCGUCCCACAGAAUGCAGACAUUGUACAACAGCUGGUAGGGGAAGCUUUAUAAUGGAAAAUGUGGUAACAAGUGUGAAGAAUUUUAUCAACAGAUGGCGCUAUCAGUUAUUUUAUUUUACCUUUUACGCUGGUUAUAUGCCAUUGUUGGUAUAUAUACCUGUUUAUCUACGACAUGUUGGCCUAUCUAGCGUCCAUGUCGGGAUAAUAAAUUGUGUGCGGCCUAUACUGCAGUCUCUAAUCACGCCGUUACUAAUUAUUGUUGGGGAGAAAUUUCGCUCAAAUAGACUUCUAUUUGUAGUGUCUUGUUUGAUCGCAAUUGGAAAAGUUUUGAUUAUGUUUUUACUCAUAAGACCUCAAAGGCAAUUGUGUAACAUUCAGUAUGUCAAUCGAUCGGGUGUUACUACGAAGCAAAUUAAUAUAUUAGUGCAAGUGUCGUUGGAGCAAAAGAAUAUUCUAAAUAAACGCGUCGUUGAAAGGGAUUUGAAUAUAACAACAAUACCGACUCGCAAUGAUAUAGAAUUAAAGAAAAAUGCACAUGUGAAUGAAAUUAAGGAACAAUUGAGCGAAAAGCUGCCUAAAAGUGUUACCAUGCCUGACGCUGAGCACGAACAACGUGAAUUUCAUAAUGUAGAAACUACUUCAAGAGUUCGAGCGAGAUACAAAAUGAAAGAUACACGGACAAGGUUGACAUUCCGAAUUAUUUAUAACCAAGACGAAAUCAAUCGUAUAUUUGUAGCACUUUUAUUCUUAAGUCUAGUUGCUGACCCGUUUAUUGCCGCAAUAUAUACUUUGGUUGAUUAUUCGUGCGCUGGGAAUACGGAACGCGGGUGCAAAGAAGUACGAGUUUGGGAAACCCUUGGUUGGGGAACCAUGACGCCGAUAAUUGGAUUAGUUAUAUUCGAACUGAAAACCGAAAUGUGCGGUGUGGUGGUGGAACGAUAUCAUUUUGUCUUCUUUUUCUUUAUAGCUUUUAUCCUGAUUGUUCUACUAAUAGGCAUACAACUUGAUUUCACGCAAAAUAUUCCAGAAAUUAUUUCGACUAAAGUUCAGAGUUCCCACUCUAAUCUUCAAUACGGGAUUUUUUCUCUCGUUGCUGCGUUCGCUGGUUUUGGUCACGGAUUUUUACUGAUAUUUGUUAACUGGUUUAUUGACACUCUCCAUGGAAAUACAGCAAUUAUGGGCAUAGCUACUGCUUCGAAAUCUAUUGUAGACCUCAUCCUUUACCUCACCCUAGGAACACUUAUAGAAAGACUCGGCUAUGUUUUCAUAGUAAGUCUUGGUCUUGUUGGACAUUUUGUUGUGUUUGUGACGUAUUAUGGUAUAACAAACCCUUGGCUGGUUAUUUUGACCGAAGUCAUAUAUGGCGUUGUCUAUGGAUCAGUAAUGACGACCGCAGCCUCAUUCUUUGUUAAUGUUUCACCAGCUGGUUCAAGCGCUCGUAUGCAAGCGAUUUUUCAUGGCAUAUAUUGGGCCGUUGGCAUGACUUCAGGAUGUAUAUUGGCAGGCUAUCGCAUAGAUACGACUGGAUUCCCGACCACCUUUCUCACAUUUGCGUGUAUUUCAGUAUUUUUUACAUUUAUCUUUCUGGCAGUUCAAUUAUACAUGUUCCUCAGAGCAGACAGCAGAGAACCUGACAGCAGAAUGUCGUCUUUUUCAAUAGAAAGUGAACAGGAGGAUUGGGGUGAUAUCAAACAAGAAAAUUGGUUACGAUAGUUUAAAUAGUGCAGUUUUAAAUGUGAUUUUGGUCUUAUAGUUUCUCGUCACAUGAUAGCGUUAAUGAUUUUACUGAAUACACUGUUUUCAAAACCUGAAGACCCGAGAAUUGAUAAAUACGUCUGAGACUCUAGUAUAAAUCUUGCAUGGCUUUUUAAAUAUGCAACACAUCUAU